AUGGCCCCCAGCACGACCGACUCCCCCACCAAGAUGACCCACCGGUUCCUGGGCGACUCGGGGCUGCUCGUGUCCAAGCUCGCGCUCGGGUCCUGGAUGUCAUACGACGACAAGUACACCGUGGACGGCUGGUACGAGAUGGUCAAGAUCGCGCACCAGCACGGCGUCAACUUCUACGACACGGCCGAGAUCUACGGCAACGGCCAGGCCGAGGAGCUGCUCGGAGGCGCCAUCAAGAAGGGCAUCGCCGAGGGGCUCUGGGGUCGGGAGGACCUCGUCAUCUCCACCAAGGUCUUCAACGGCUACAAGGGCUUCACAGAGUCCGGGCCGAACGACCAGGGCAACAGCCGCAAGCACAUCAUCGAAGGCGUCAAGGCCUCGCUCAAGCGCCUCGACCUCGAGUACGUCGACGUCAUCUUCUCGCACCGCCCGGAGCCCUUCACGCCCAUCGAGGAGACCGUCCGAGCCAUGAACUUCGUCAUCAACCAGGGGUGGGCCUUCUACUGGGGGACCAGCGAGUGGCUGGCGUCCGACAUCCGUGAGGCUUGCGAGAUCGCCGACCGUCUUGGAAUGAUCCGCCCCAUCGUCGAGCAGGCUCAGUACAACAUCUUUGAGCGCAACAAGGUGGAGUACGAGUUCGUGGACCUCUACAAGAAGUACAAGCUGGGCCUGACGACGUGGUCGCCGCUCGCGUUCGGCACGCUGACGGGCAAGUACAGCGACGGCAAGCCCGAGGGAUCGCGCUACACGGGGCCCAUGUUCAAGGAGGGCAGUCCGCUGGCUGCGGGCUUUACGGAGCGCGUGGAGAUGGCGGACAAGCUCAAGCCCAUCGCCAAAGAGCUCGGGAUUUCGCUGGCGCAGAUGUCGAUCGCCUGGGCCGUUGCGAACGAGCACGCGUCGACAGUGCUGAUUGGAGCCAGUCGCCCCUCGCAACUGGAGGAGAACCUCAAGGCGCUGGCAUACGUGGACAAGAUCACCCCCGAGGUGAAGGCCAAGAUUGACGACGUCGUCAAGUUCGUGCCGACCGUGUCGAAGAUGGACAACUUCUCACUGCUGCGUGGCCGUCACCUGUAA